CAGAAAUGCAAGGAGGAUAUGCAAGGACGUACCACUAGCUGGGAUCUUGGAAGUCUAUUGAUCAAACCUGUUCAAAGAGUAUUAAAAUACCCGUUGCUGCUUCGGGAAAUCAGCUUAUUGACCCCUGCCGAGCAUCCUGAUGCCGAGAACUUGGCCAUUGCGGUAAAAGAGAUUCAGGAAGUCGCCGAUCACAUCAAUGAGAUCAAGCGUCGUAAAGAUAUUGUGGAAAAAAUCGUCGGUGACAAAAAACGAACCGAAAUAAAUUUAACGCGUCGUGCGCAACGGUUCCGGCAAGUGACAGGCUUUGCCUCUGGAGCGACCCAGGACGCUCUUUUCGAUGCCCUCAAUCUACGAUUUGAAGAACAGCAAGAAAUCGCUCGGCAACUAGCUCGUGAUUUGCAAAACUGGGUGCGCCAUGUGAAGGAACAGCUGGACAAUCUUCAGUUAUUUGCGUGCAGUCUGGAAACACUGUACAGUUCUUAUGGUGGAGUUCGUGUGCGCAGUAUGAACAAUAUCCGAGCUUUCAAUCAAGCGGCCUCCGUGUUGGCCAACGCAUUGUUGCGAGAACUUGAUAAUACUGUCAAAAGCUAUACUCUCGUGAGGAUCGAAGGAUUUUUGCGGGUUUUCGAGAAUCCCACUCAGGUCAUCAGUAAACGGGCGAAGAAAUUAUUGGAUUACGAUCGUGUACGAGAUUUGAAAUCCAAGGGUGAUGUGCCUGAUAAAGCACUGCAAGAAUCAGCUGAUGCCUAUCUCUCCAUCAAUGCCCAAUUAAUCGAUGAAUUGCCCAAAUUUUUUGGAUUAACCACUACGUAUUUUGACAUCUUGAUCGGUGAUCUAUCCAUCCUACAAGCCAACUUUUAUGCCCAGUUAACAGCGGAAUGGAAAAAACUGGCCAUCCUGCUGUAUGACGGCCAGGAAGAUGUCGAUGAAACAUUGGAACAAAUUGUACAGCAGUACGAAACGGAUAUGGUACCCGUGGAAGAGAUGAUUCAAGAAAUCACGCCAUUAAAUAAAACACAAUGGAACGCUUUAACCACCCAGCUACUGUCACCCAGCCGCCCUCCUUCCUCCGAAAAGAUGCACGAUCGGUCACCCAUGGAAGUCGGCAAUCGAAGUGUAGGGCAGCUGGUGGACCUGUCUACUAGUCCAGAUAUAAACUCGUUCUUGACAGCCACGCCAUCGGACGAACCCGUGUUCCAGUGCGUGGUGUUGUACGAUUACGAAGCGGACGAGCCUGAUGCACUAAGUAUUCGCGAAGGAGACCAGUUACUGAUAUGGGAAAGCACGGAACAUGAAGAAUGGUGGUAUGGUCAUCUUGGGAAACAAAGCGGCUGGAUACCUGCUUGUUACUGUAAAAAAUUGUAA